AUGUCUACCCUAAGCGGACCUUCAACACUUGGUCGAAUGGGGAAUGGAGGACGUUUUACCUCCAAUGAUGCCAUUGAUGUGCGAAAUCUUUCUUUUGGACGCGAAUCCUCGAGCCCUCAGAACCCCAUUACUCAUUACGGUUCUUCCGAUGGGGCUGAAACACCCCGACAUGGAAAGUUGCAGACCUUGUCUGGUGAAGGGGCUGAGCACUCGACAAGCAAGGUAUGUGUUUCCUGUGGUAUCGAUCCACGUAUGUAUGUGUCUGUGAUCUCACAAUCCCAGAAGCAGAAGCUAGAUCAUAUCAAAGUUGAGCCUUUGAACGGACAAACAUCGGAUCUUGACAGAAUACUGGCAAAAAUUUCCCCCAAAACAAUCCCCCUUUCACGUUCUGAAACCGAUCGCUCCUCUGUUUCGUCCCAGAUCACUCCUACCACGUCGGUGCCAGCUUUAACCCUCAAUGAGACAACCAAUCCUUACCCCCAGGAAGACAGAACGGUAGAGCUGCUUCGCCUUAAGCAGGAACUCCUUGCUGCAAAUUCCAAGAUUGCCCUGCAAGAGCAAGAGCUUGCUCAAACCCGCGUGAUAAAACAUACCUUGGAUCAAGCCCUUGGUCCGUCAUCAGAGGCCGAUUUCGGUAGCCGCGAAAUUACAGAACAGACUAUUAGUCACCUACAGAAUGCUUUUAAUGCAUCGAACUCUGCAUUUUCUCAGUUUCAAGAUGCAUGGGCUGUCCAAGACGAUUCGCAGUCUGACGUCUCGGAUCCGUUGUCUACAGGAGCUUACAACAGAUCCCGCGCACUCUGGGCCCAAAAUGAGACUGCCACAGACAGAGAAUACGGAGAGAGCCUUUCAGGCACUAGCAGCUCUACCAGCCAGGACCCAAAUCGAUUCUGGGGAGUCUCCAAUGUGUAUCCUCCGUUUGCCGGGCCACCGUCUCUGCAAUCACAAAGACCACACUCGGGUUCCUCAGCUAGUUCAUGUGGAUUUUACCCACGUCCAAUUGGCGAGCAAAUGCUGUAUCCCCCAGGCCCUGUCACCGGGGCUCGUCGUUCCAUCACUCAAAACAGUAGGGGCGGAUCUCUAUUUCCAAUUCAGUCUACCCCUUGGGGUGAAUUUGCUUCUGGGUCCUCUAGUGAGCAGACCACCAAGUCACCUUCAUCCCCGAAGAGACCCCCCAGCGCCUUUCAGCAGGUCGGGCUUUACUCUGUACCCUCUUACCCCCCUCGACCGAUUGGUAGCCCCCUCUCACCUACCGCUACCGAGUUUACAGGUACCAGCACGAAUGAAACCACAUGGACCAACUCGGCAAGAGAUAACAAUCUUCCUGUUUACAUUCAUUCUAACUCUUCUCAGAUGAGCGGAAAUUCCAUCCAGACGUAUGUGUCACCACUCGAACCACUCAACUAUCGACGCCUGCUCGACAAGAAUGUGUCGUGUGAUUGGAAGUACAUUGUAGACAAGAUCAUCUGCAACAAUGAUCAACAAGCUUCAAUUUUCUUACAACAAAAGCUCAAGGUCGGCACAACUGAGCAAAAAUACGAAAUUAUCGAGUCAAUUGUGCGUCAAGCCUACCCACUCAUGGUCAACCGCUUUGGAAACUUCCUCAUACAACGCUGCUUUGAACAUGGAACUCCGGAUCAAGUCGUCGCCAUCGCGAAUGCGAUCAGAGGAAACACGCUAAACCUCAGCAUGGAUGCGUUUGGCUGCCAUGUGGUCCAAAAGGCAUUUGACUGCGUUUCAGAGGAUCAUAAAGCUAUGAUGGUACAUGAACUUCUCCGCAGAAUUCCGGAGACGGUGGUGCAUCGAUAUGCGUGCCAUGUUUGGCAGAAACUCUUUGAGCUCCGGUGGAGUGGUGAGCCUCCGCAGGUAAUGGCAAAAGUAAAUGAGGCAUUACGUGGAAUGUGGCACGAGGUUGCCCUUGGAGAGACAGGAAGUCUGGUCGUCCAAAACAUCUUUGAGAAUUGUGUGGAGGAGGAAAAGGUGAGUUUCCCUGCCAACCUGAACCUGCUACCAUACGCAUCAAACCCCUUUUCUCGCUGCCCUACUUUCCUGUGGGUUCUUCAUAUUGAUUAUACCAAUACUAAUAUCUUAAAGCGACCAGCAAUCGAAGAAGUACUGGCGAAGAUCGAUGUACUCGCUCAUGGUCAAUUCGGGAAUUGGUGCAUCCAGCACAUCUGUGAGCACGGUGCUCCCCACGACAAGAGCCGCGCUGUUGAGCAUGUUCUUCGCUGGGCUGUUGAUUACAGCAUGGAUCAGUUCGCAUCCAAGAUCGUGGAAAAAUGUCUCAAGAUUGGCGGCACCGAGUUCAUGGAUCAUUAUCUCUCUCGUGUCUGCACUGGCCGAUCCGACCGGCCUCGCAUGCCAUUGAUCGACACGGGUGACCAGUAUGGGAACUAUCUCAUCCAAUGGAUUUUGAUGAACGCCGCGCCUCAUCAACGAGAGCUGGUGGCCAGUCACAUUAGGAAACAUAUGGUCUCUCUUCGCGGCUCCAAAUUUGGCUCUCGUGUGGCUAUGCUUUGCUGCAACCCGUCUCACGCUACACGCCCUGGUCCUGGGGCUGGAAUGCAAAUCGGCCGUUUCAACAAUUUCAACGACGACAAGUUUACCACCACGGGCCCGUCCGGGGGUCGUUUCGGCCGCGGACAUCAAUGGGGACCCCAUUAUGCGCCACUUCGUUGA